UAUCACCCCCUCGGGAUGGACGGCAGGAGGCGCUCGCCCUCACACGGCAGCCCAGGUCGCGCUGAGACGCAAAAGUCCUGCCGCCCCGAUGACCAGGAGGCACAACAAUUCGCUGACUAUUCCUGGGAUGGGGGGAUACGCUACGCUCGCCAAGUCAUUCCCCAACGUCCCCCAAAGAGGGCUGAGCCUGCGCCCAGACUGCUCCCUGACUGCGACAGGGGCGCCUCGGCCUUGCCACUCCCAAGAUGGCGCCACUACCUGCCACUUCAGGACGUGUUCCUCAUGAUCAGGCGCCACAAGACCACCAUCUUCACGGACGCCAAGGAGUCGAGCACCGUGUUCGAGCUGAAGCGCAUCGUCGAGGGCAUCCUCAAGCGGCCGCCCGACGAGCAGCGGCUGUACAAGGAUGACCAACUUCUGGAUGAUGGCAAGACACUGGGAGAGUGCGGCUUCACCAGUCAGACGGCACGGCCGCAGGCCCCAGCCACCGUGGGGCUGGCCUUCCGGGCAGAUGACGCUUUCGAGGCCCUGCGGAUCGAGCCCUUCUCCAGUCCGCCCGAGCUGCCCGAUGUGAUGAAGCCACAGGACUCAGGAAGCAGCGCCAAUGAACAAGCAGUGCAGUGAGAGGGCUCCUGGCCCGCCCCCGGUGCCCCCCCCCCCCACCCAAUAAAAGAGAUUUGGGCGUCUGCCUGGUUGCUGCUGCCUUUUUCUGCGCACCCUCUCCUGACUCAGGCAUCACCUUCCCUGGGACGGGGUCUGCCCCCCUGCAAGGUUCCUCCUCAGCCCCGUGUACUUGCGAGGCUGGCCAUGGCUGUGGGACCGACCCCCAAGCUCCUUGGGUCCCUGCUGUCACACCCUUUCGAGCCUGCCCCUCCGGCUGGAGGCAGAGAACCGGGAGGAACCCAGAGCCCCAGGCCAGCCUUCUGCUCAGCCUGGGGACAGAGGUUCCUUCUAUGACUUCCAGCAAGCAGGCUCGCUCAGGCUCUGGCGCAGCCUCUGGGCUGAGGGGCAGAGGCCAAAAUGUCAGCCAGAGCCAGUGUGGUUCCACGGGGAACCCAUCGCCUACAGCCAGCCACCUUACCUGAGUCCUCUAAGGCUUGGGGGGGGGGGGGGGCUCAUUCAAAGUGGAAAUAAUGCUCACUCUCCACCUUCCACCCCUAAUAAAUAAUCUACAGACCCAA